AUGUCCCUCGCCAUCCCGGUCGCCAACGACGUCUGGUCAUGGCGCUGGUCUCCACUUUCAUCGAUGAUCGGAGACGACGAAUAUGACAGCUGCAACCCCAUGACAAGAUUCGUCACAGAUGCUGGCGAUGGUGCCUGCAUAGCAUGGGCAUGGAAGCUAGGUCCCAAGACGAGCCUGAGAGUCCAUCGCUGCCGAUCCAUCGUCCAGCCUUCCCGGUCUAUCAUUCCGAACGGUGGGGAACGUUGGAAUGUUUCGGAGACGCCGCAAGGUAUUAAUGGACAUGGGAACCCCGACACCGCUGCUGCGGUGCCGCUGUCCCAAGGCUGCCUGGACCUGAUGGCCCACGCUCCAUCUAUGGAAACAGGCCCAGCCAGAAAUGGAGGGGCCCUAGCUUGCCAAGGGUCUCACAAGUGGACAAUCUCAACCAACCAUAUUCCCGCCAUUGGCGGGAUUGUGCUACAACACGGCACCAGCCUGUGCAAGGUGUUUCUCGUUCGCUAA